UCCCGAGCGGCAAGUUCAGUCUCUCAAAAUAACAACUCCACUCCGCCACCGAUCAGGCGCGCCGGGCCCUUUGAAAUUUUUUGUUUACUCUCCCGUCAUCCGUGCCCCGGCCGAGACUCGUGUCGUUUUUUCCCUUCGGACUUUUAACGGACAAAAAGCAUAAUGUCGGACCCCGAUGCAGCUGACGACUGGCUAUCAGCAGACCCCGAGCCUGAACCAGAGGCUGCACCCGCGGAAGCCGCCCCAGCAGCGGCGGCCGCUCCAGAGGCCGCACCAGAAGCCGCGGCUGCCCAAACAGAAGAGCUCCCUCCUCCGCCAAGGGCCAGGGACCCCAACAGGAAACUGGUCUUCAGGCACUGGGUGCGACCCACAUUCCUGUCGUACAAGUACCUGAUGGACUACAGGAACAACUACUACGAUGACGUCAUCGAGUACCUGGACAAGAAGAAGCGCGGUCUGCAGCCGGACAUCCCCGUGCCACAAACUUGGGGUGAGCGGAUGCUGAGGACCAACACCAGAGGCUUCCCGACCUCGAACGCCGAGGAAGGCUUCAAGCACGACGAACAGCUCCUAAAUAAAAUCACCUCCGUUGUACGGUACCACGCAGAGCACACCAAGGACUACUACAGCCGGAAAUACAAAGACAUCCUCUUAUAAACACACCCAACGGCGCGGAAUACAUAGAGUGGCAACUGAUCGACCAAUCGGUUCGGGGGACCGAUGACAACAAAACGUUACCGAGGUUUCAUCAGAUGGAUGAGGAUUUUACUCCAUGAGAGACGAAUUUUGGUGAAUUGAGGAAGACCACCGAAAAAAAUAGUAUGCUGACACAGAACAAGUUGCAGUUCUAAAA